AUGCUCGACCCGUCCUCCAGUGAGGAAGAGUCCGAGGAGGUACUGGAGGAAGAGAGACGAGAGGUGCUAGUGGUGGCCAGCAGCUCACAGAGAUCCCAUCCGGCGGCUCACCGAGAGCUCGGGCGCCAGGGAGGCGGCGGCGGCGGCGGCGGAGGGGCGGCUAGACCGGCCAGCCCCAGCCCCUCGGUGCGCAGCGAAAGCAGGGAAGAGCAGGAGCGGCUGCAGAAAGAGGAGAGCGACAAGCGGCUUCGGCUGCAGCUCUACACCUUCAUCGCGCGCUGCAUCGCCUACCCCUUCAACGCCAAGCAGCCCACAGACAUGGCCCGCAGGCAGCAGAAGCUGAACAAGCAACAGCUACAGGUUGUGAAGGAGCGCUUCCAGGCUUUUCUCAAUGGAGAGACACAAAUUGUGGCUGAUGAAGCAUUUUGCAAUGCAGUUCGAAGUUAUUACGAGGUUUUUCUCAAAAGUGAUCGAGUUGCCAGAAUGGUCCACAGUGGAGGAUGUUCUGCGAACGACUUUAGAGAUGUCUUUAAGAAGAACAUAGAAAAGCGGGUCCGAAGCUUGCCUGAAAUUGAUGGAUUAAGUAAAGAGACUGUGCUCAGUUCUUGGAUAGCUAAAUAUGAUGCCAUUUACCGAGGAGAAGAGGACUUGUAUAAACAGUCGAACCGGAUGGCUUUAAGUGCUGUAUCGGAACUUAUUUUGAGCAAAGAACAGCUUUACGAAAUGUUUCAGCAGAUUCUCAGCAUCAAGAAACUGGAGCACCAGUUGAUCUACAAUGCUUGCCAACUGGACAACGCAGAUGAACAGGCAGCUCAAAUUAGACGGGAACUUGAUGGGCGCCUCCAGCAGGCUGACCAAAUGGCAAAAGAAAGAAAAUAUCCAAAGUUUGUGGCGAGAGAAAUGGAGCAGAUGUAUAUAGAAGAAUUACGGUCUUCAGUGAAUUUGCUAAUGGCAAAUUUGGAAAGCCUUCCAGUUUCUAAAGGUGGCCCAGAAUGUAAACUACAGAAGUUAAAACGAUCACAGAAUUGUGCUUUCUUGGAUAUAGGAGAUGAAAAUGAAGUUCAGUUGUCAAAAUCAGAUGUGGUGUUGUCAUUCACAUUGGAGAUUGUUAUUAUGGAAGUUCAAGGUUUAAAGUCACUUGCUCCCAACCGCAUUGUCUACUGCACAAUGGAAGUGGAAGGAGGGGAGAAACUCCAGACAGACCAAGCAGAAGCAUCAAGACCACAAUGGGGAACUCAAGGGGAUUUCACCACAACUCAUCCUCGGCCUGUUAUCAAAGUUAAACUUUUUACAGAGAGCACUGGAGUCCUGGCCCUUGAAGAUAAGGAGCUAGGAAGAGUGAUAUUGUACCCAACAUCCAACAGCUCAAAAUCACCCGAGCUGCAUAAAAUGGUUGUCCCCAAAAACAGCCAAGACUCUGAUUUGAGGAUAAAGUUGGCUGUGAGGAUGGAUAAACCGCCACACAUGAAGCACUGCGGGUAUUUGUAUGCUCUCGGACAGAAGGUAUGGAAAAGAUGGAAAAAGCGUUACUUUGUUCUUGUACAGGUUAGCCAGUACACAUUUGCUAUGUGCAGCUAUAGAGAGAAGAAAUCUGAGCCUCAGGAAUUAAUGCAGCUUGAAGGAUACACGGUGGACUAUACAGCACCUCAUUCAGGUCUCCAAGGUGGUCAGAUGUUCUUCAAUGCUGUAAAAGAAGGUGACACUGUGAUAUUUGCCAGUGAUGAUGAGCAGGAUAGAAUCCUGUGGGUUCAAGCCAUGUACAGAGCAACAGGCCAGUCCUAUAAGCCCAUCCCUGCGAGUCAGGCACAGAAGAUGAACUCAAAAGGUAGCAAUAUCCACAUCGAUCUGUCACAGAGUAAGUUUGUUUUGUUUGCUGCCGAUCGUGCUCAGAAGCAUGGCAUGGAUGAGUUUAUUUCUGCUAAUCCUUGCAAGUUUGACCAUGCCACACUCUUUAGAGUACUUCAGAGGCAAACCCUGGAUCACCGAUUGAAUGAUUCCUAUUCUUGCUUGGGUUGGUUUAGCCCAGGCCAGGUCUUCGUGCUAGAUGAAUAUUGUGCUCGUUACGGUGUGAGAGGAUGCCACCGCCAUCUCUGCUAUCUGAAUGAAUUGAUGGAACACUCAGAGAAUGGUGCUGUCAUUGACCCAACCUUGCUCCAUUACAGCUUUGCCUUUUGUGCUUCUCAUGUUCAUGGCAACAGGCCUGACGGAAUUGGAACAGUCACCAUUGAAGAAAAAGAGAGGUUUGAAGAUAUUAAGGAAAGGCUUGCUUCUCUUUUAGAAAACCAGAUAAGCCACUUCAGGUACUGUUUCCCUUUUGGGCGUCCAGAAGGAGCUUUAAAAGCUACACUUUCAUUACUUGAAAGGGUCUUAAUGAAAGAUAUUGCUACUCCCAUACCAGCAGAAGAUGUGAAGAAAGUGGUUAGAAAAAGUCUGGAGAAAGCAGCCUUGAUCAAUUACACUCGGCUUACGGAUUAUGCAAAAAUAGAAGACACACUGAAUCAAGCGCCUCCUUCGGUAAAGCUGGAAGAGGUUAUUCAUUUAGCAGAGCUCUGCAUUGAAGUCCUGCAGCAGAACGAAGAGCACCAUUCAGAGGGAAAAGAGGCAUUUGCUUGGUGGCCAGAUUUGUUGGCUGAACAUGCAGAGAAAUUCUGGUCCCUCUUUACGGUUGACAUGGAUUCAGCACUGGAAGCCCAGCCACCAGACUCCUGGGAUAGUUUUCCUCUCUUCCAGCUGCUAAAUAACUUCCUAAGAAAUGACUCACUUUUGUGCAAUGGAAAGUUUCACAAGCACUUGCAAGAGAUUUUUGUUCCCUUGGUCAUCCGCUACAUUGAUCUCAUGGAAUCAUCCAUUGCCCAGUCCCUUCACAGAGGUCUUGAACAAGAAUCAUGGCAGCCUGUCAAGACCAUCACCAACAGUCUUCCCAAUGUAGCUCUUCCAAAAGUUCCAAGUUUGCCUCUUAAUCUUCCACAGAUACCUAGUUUUUCUGCACCAACCUGGAUGGCUUCUUUAUAUGACUCCACUAAUGGAUCAGCAACAUCGGAAGAUCUGUUUUGGAAACUUGAUGCACUACAGAUGUUUGUCUUUGAUCUUCAUUGGCCGGAACCAGAAUUUUCCCACCACUUAGAGCAGAGACUUAAACUUAUGGCCAGUGAUAUGAUUGAAGCCUGUGUCAAGAGAACAAGAAUUGCAUUUGAACUCAAGCUGCAAAAGACAAGCAAAUCGACAGACUUGCGCAUUCCCUCUUCUGUAUGCACGAUGUUCAAUGUGUUGGUUGAUGCAAAGAAGCAAACAGCUAAACUAUGUAUUCUGGAUGGAGGGCAGGAGCAACAAUACCAUUCGAAAAUAGACGACUUGAUAGAAGAAACAGUGAAGGAAGUAAUUUUGCUCCUUGUUUCAAAGUUUAUUGCAGUGUUGGAAAGCGUGCUGUCUAAAUUAUCAAGGUAUGAUGAAGGCACUUUCUUCUCAUCAAUACUUUCAUUCACUGUGAAAGCGGCUGCAAAAUAUGUUGAUGUUCCUAAACCAGGGAUGGAUCUAGCAGAUACUUAUAUAAUGUUUGUUCGUCAAAACCAAGAUAUACUUCGUGAUAAGAUCAAUGAAGAAAUUUACAUUGAAAGAUUGUUUGAUCAAUGGUACAGCAGCUCCAUGAAAGUCAUAUGCAUGUGGCUGGCUGAUAGAUUAGACCUCCAGCUUCAUAUAUACCAGCUGAAAACGCUCAUCAAGAUAGUGAAGAAGACCUACCGAGACUUCAGGUUGCAAGGGGUGCUGGAAGGAACUCUGAACAGCAAAACAUAUGACACCAUCCACAGCCGUCUGACAGUAGAGGAGGCCACAGUCUCUGUGUCUGAUGGGAGUGGACUUCAAGGCAUCACAAUGAAGGACAGUGAUGAAGAAGAAGGAUGA